AUUGUCUUCGACUUCUAUUUCCUCGUCUGGUUUUCGAAAAAGCGUCGAUAGGGCAGGCACAGAGUGGAGGAUGGUGGCGCCGAAUUUGAAAGCGGAGACGCUUUCAUUGAGCGAGAAGAGAGCUUCAAUGGAGGCGGAGAUGAACGCCAUAAUCGCGCAGCUCUCAGUGCCAGGAGGACCUGGUAUCACCGGCAAUCUCGUUGAUUCGGAGGGGUUUCCUCGAUCAGAUAUAGAUAUCCCUGCCGUCCGGGCGCAGCGAGCUCGUCUUCUUGUACUCCGGAAUGAUCACAAUGCGAUCACUGCAAAAAUAGAUGAAAAUUUGCAAGUUCUGCACUCAGCCAAAUUAGCUAGAAACGAACCCCAACCCCAACCCCAACCCCAUUCAGAUUCAUCAGCUUCUGUUCAUGAUAGAACAUCUCAAACUUCUCACGUUGUUGUCGACCCGAUUGCAAGAAUUCCAUUUGCUGUGGUUGAUGAGAUAAGCGAAGUUUCUCCAGCAGCAGAAGAUGGGUUGCAACUUGGAGACCAGAUCAUAAAGUUUGGGAGUGUUGAAAUAGGUGAUCCAUUGAUGGCAAGGCUUGCUUCAGAAGCACAGUCAAAUGAAGGCCAUCCUGUUCCUCUGCUGAUAAUGAGGCAGGGUAUUCUAAUGAAUUUCACUGUAACACCUAGACGCUGGCAUGGCCGUGGACUGUUGGGAUGCCAUUUUCGAAUUUUAUGACAAUUAUUCAAGGAUGAGUAACCGUAAGAAAUAUUUUUACUGGUGAAGUUGUGGCUGUUAUGGACCACUUGUGGUUGCUGCUGCUACUUUUUCUAUAAAUUUGAAGAAAGACGUUCGUAUGCUUUUUUUUUUACCUAUUAACUCCAGUAUUAAAGUUGAAGAAAGGGACUUUAAUCAGUGCUUGCAGGUGUUUUUAUGGGUUCAGCUUGUCUUUAUGAAUUGUCUUUUCAAUGUAUCUUAGAUAUGCGGACAUGUGCUGAUGGAAAUGUAAGGUGACACAGCUGAACCUUUAAUUCACUAUGCACCUCAUGUUGUGAAGAGAA